CGUUCAGUGAUGUGUAUGUGUGUGUGCGAGUGUGCUCAGAACAUUUGAAGAAUUAAGGAACUAAUUCAGUCGUUAGCGGUGAUCUUUCUGGUGAAGAACGAGAAGCACAAAUCUCAAGCAUGGAAAACAUUGAUGAGGAUCUGACCCCUGAGCAGAUUGCUGUGCUGCAGAAGGCAUUCAACAGCUUUGAUCACCAGAAGACUGGCAGCAUUCCCACCGAAAUGGUUGCCGAUAUUCUGCGGCUUAUGGGUCAACCCUUUGACAAGAAGAUCCUCGAGGAGCUCAUCGAUGAGGUCGACGAAGACAAGUCUGGCCGCCUGGAAUUUGAGGAGUUCGUUCAGCUUGCCGCCAAAUUUAUUGUGGAGGAAGAUGACGAGGCCAUGCAGAAGGAAUUGCGUGAAGCCUUCCGUCUUUAUGAUAAGCAAGGAAAUGGCUAUAUUCCCACUUCCUGUCUGCGUGAAAUCCUGCGCGAAUUGGACGACCAGCUGACCAACGAGGAACUGGACAUCAUGAUUGAGGAAAUCGAUUCCGAUGGCUCUGGCACCGUUGAUUUUGAUGAAUUCAUGGAAAUGAUGACGGGCGAAUAAACAAUACGGUUUUGAAGUUACAAUAUCUACUAUCAACUACAAAUAUACAUAUUUAUUUUUCAAACAUGUUUAUUUCGUAAGCUUGAAUAAACACGAGUUCAAUCACCCAUUUCAUAAUAA